UAAAACGCGAGAAAGUGCCGUAUUGCGGCGUAAGUGAAGACAAGCUACAGGGAUUCGGACAUUUGUAAUGCGCUUCAUUAGAAGCGGUUAUGCGAGUCGGUCGCUGGUGUCGGAUAUGUAAGUUAUGCUUUUAAAAUAUCGUAUUCUCGAUGUGCGGCGGUAAUAUGUAAAAAAUGGUAGCUCAAACCGAUUACAAAUAACGCUCCGGCCGAAAGCUUUUUCCAAUUUUCGUCAUCGUCGUCGUCGUCGUCGUCGUCAUCGUGGUGUCUGUUUUUUUGGUUGGUUCUCUUUUCCUUUUUGCUCCUCGGUGUGUUAUGAUGGAAAAAAAUUCGGGACUGGUGUUGGUAGCCCUGUGCGCGCUUUUCUCGUCGUCGGAUGUUGGAGGCUUCCUUAAAAGUUGAGUCAUCGUGUUGUGCUGUUUAUCGUAGUCGUCACUCACACCUACGUAACUGUUCGUCGCUGUUUUCUCACAUUAUAAUAUACUUAAUAUCUCUCGAUGAUGCGGUCCAGAUAACUAAAAAACAACUUUUCCAACUAUACAGUUGCUGCCUUUCUGUGAUAUGUAUAAUCUUCUGCUGCAGCCGAACAGCAAAAAUGGUCGUCAGUAUGGCAACUAUAGACGAUCACGAAAGAAAAGUAUGCAGUGAAUUUGCUCAGCUGUUGGAACAGUCCAAAACGCUGUUCAACGGUCUCAGGGAUCUGCCUCAGUGUGGUCAAAAAAUAUGGCAAGGAUAUUUUGGAAGAACUUUUGACGUGUAUACCAAACUAUGGAAAUAUCAACAACAACACAGACAUAUUCUUGACAGAAGGUACGGUUUGAAACGCUGGCAGAUCGGUGAAAUUGCUUCCAAAAUAGGUCAAUUGUACUACCAUUAUUAUUUAAGAACUAGUGAUAUAAACAAUUUAUGGGAAGCCUAUUCAUUUUAUUCAGCGAUACGUAGUCGUCAGUAUUAUUCGAGGGCUUCGCAAGAAGAUAGAUCCGAAUUGAUGGUAAAAAAACUAAGAUAUUAUGCCAGGUUUAUAGUCGUAUGUUUAUUAAUGAGGAAAAUGAAGGUGGUCGACGAUUUGCUACACGAAUUAGAUAUGCACAUCGUUGAUUACACCAGCACGUACGAACCAGACGACCAAAUGGAAUGGUCAGUGGUUUUACAAGAAAUAAAGUCAUUUGUUGCCGCAGAUACAGUAGUAAAUAUUUUACACGCUGAUCAAAAUACCAUAGUUCUCUCGCACAGGUUAACCCCGCAUACAACACCUCCCGUAGAGAGAUCCAGCGCGAUGACGCUCACAUUACAAGAAAUUAUAUUGAUAGGCAACGUAAAUGAUCAAGUAAAAUAUAGCGAAAUGACAAUAGAUAUGUUUCGUAUGAUACAAACUCUAGAAAGAGAAAAAAGACACGAAGACUUCAAUCACACUUCAGAUCCACCAUCAAGAGCUUCUUUCGAAAAAAGUUUUUCGUUUUCAAGUACAAGAGGAUACUACUCCGGUAUUACACCCCCAUACACCGAAAAUUUCGACAGAGGAAAACGAGAAAAUCCGCAUAAAUAUGUAUUAUAUAAACCAAGCAUCACGCAAAUAAUGAUGUUUUUAGCAACAGGGUUUAAAGAGUUACCAGCAAACGGCGUACUUUUAAUGUAUAUUUCCGCCGAUGGAUGUUUUCCUUUAUCGAAGAAUACCGAUAAUUCGAGUUAUGAUAUGGGUGGCGUAAUAACCAGUUGCAGAAAAGAAAUAGAAAUAUAUAACAAAGGGUUGAUGCAUGUGAAGGAAAUACACUGUUUGUACCCCGGAGACUUGCAUCCGUUCACGCGAAAGCCUCUGUUUUUGAUCGUCGAUUCGGAUAAUAGUUUCGCCUUUCAACACAUUCAUCAAUACUUUGGUCAUCCCUUUGUCGUGCUAAUGUCUCCACAGGACGUACCAGAUCCUUUUCAAGGUUACCACCGUAAUGGAAAUUUAUUUACGUUAUUUUUACACAGUCCAUUAACCGCCGUGUGCCUUAUAUGUAACAUUAACUCUCUUCCAAUACAACACUGGGAGCGAUGUCAGUCUGUUGUGGAUAGAUUUAUCUCUGAAGCGAGUGCAUUAUUCACACGAAGUGCGGUCGAUCCGGCUUAUCUUCAAUUUUUUGGAGAUGAUUUUUUAAGACUUAUUAUAUUAAGGUACAUUUUCUGUUACAUCGUGUUGCGAAAUCACGAAAUUUUCAAAUCGCCAGAUUUCCGGCCAAAAUGUCAUCCGGCACUUCCAGAAAGUGAACUAUUAGAUCACCCGGUAUUACAGCAUUUAGUCUACGACUUGGCCUCACAUCUCGAUGUUAGAAACCAAUUCGUUAAUACUAAUCCUCAACCGCAUUCAACGGAGUAACUGAGUGGACCAGUAAUUUGUUGCAGUAUUACUAUUUAUUUUAAUUUACCUACGUUAAGCUAUCCCCCGGAUUUCUUUAUCAUUAAAAAAGUUUAAUUAUAAUUAAUAUUAUUCGAUUUUGUUUUUCGAAAUAACUCAAAUAUACUAUACUAUCUUAUGCUAUGAAAUUCGCGUCAAAAAAAAAAACCAAACAACUCAACCAAUAAGGAACUGUUAAAAACAAAUAUGUAUGACGCCUUUCGAACAUUUUCUUUGUUUAAAAAUUUGAGUGAUGACAUCCGAAAUAAAAUAAGUCAAAUUACCCAUCAAUAAUGAUAAAUUUUUCGAUUAUCUGUGUCUUACUCAUCGCUUGGGCAAAUUUUUCAUUUGUAUUAUAUUCCUGUGAUCAGUUACUAAAUAUUUUUAUAGAGCUCAAAAUAUUGAUUUACAUUAUUUUUCAUGCAGUUCUCUCUCUUUCUAUCUUUAUCUUCUGCAACAUUUUCAUUUCACGACAAUAUAUUUCAUUAGGCUUUUUGUUCCCAUUAACAAAUGGCAAAGCACUAACAUUUCUCAAUUUAUUUCAAUUGAAAACAAUUUCCAUCACUGCUGAAAAUCAAACGAUAAUAAAUUAACUAAAAUAUUCUUUUUUUUUGAAUUUUUUUCCUCAACAGCUUUUAGAAUUCGAUUUUUUCUUCUUAUUGUAAUAAUUAUAUAGUAAUCGAUGUUAUCAGUGUACUUGGGAAAACGUUUUAAAAAAUCAAAAACUUGAUCAGUUUUACUUUUUAACCAGCUCCCUUCGAUUGUUUCUUCGUACAUACGUAUUAUAUACCUACCUACAUUUUACAUAAUGUAACAGAUAUAAAUAUUUCAUUGAGAUUAUUUUAAUAUUUUUAAACAACACUUACUCACUUUUAUUCAUUUACAAAUUUUUGUAAUUUUCAAUCGCUUCUCUACGUCUAUGAGUUAAAACCAAAUUUUAGAAAGCACAGCGUUCAUUUACUUAGUUGGUGUAUUUUUCAAUAACUACUCUUUGGUAAUUUCUCACACUAUAAUCGAUGUUUUUAUAAAAUAUUUAAUCAUUAUACAUAGAAGCAUCACGAUCUACAUGUUUACCUACUAUAUAAACUUUCUUUUUUCUUUUUAUUUGAUUCUUCAAAUUCGAUGUUACUGAUCAAUUUUUAUUUCAUUCAUUUUUUAAAAUUUUAUUCCAUCCGUUAAAUUUUGUGUAUUGAGUUUCCCUUUAUUUUUUAUUCAUAAAUCGACUAAUUUCAAAGAUAUUUUGAAUUAUUAAUUGUUAUAAAUCUGACAUAACGUGAGAUGCAAUCGUUUAGCAGCUAAUUAAUGUACUAGAACAUGCUAAAUAAAUAUGUAAAUAGGUAUACAUAGAAUAUACACAUAGGUACACAUUUCCAUUGCAGUUGUUACAUAAAACACGAGCUAAUCACUCACACACAUUGGUACUUUUUAAUUGAGAAUUUACCUUUGUUCAUAUAGAAGAAUACAUUCAAUGCUGAAUUACAAAAAAAAAAAAGUCAUAAUUACACAUAGCCCGCCGCUAAUUAGCUAAAUUCUAUUUCUAAUAGAGCAGGAUGAAGGCAUAUUAUUUUAGUAAUUUAGUGUAAUAUGUGCUAAUAUUGGAAUACGUAUUGUAAUAAUUAAUUAUUUUCUUCCUUUAAAAUAUCAGAAUAUAGUAUUAGUAGCCUAAUUCACAAACUAUUGUAAUUAACGUAUAUUUUAAUGUUUCUUUUGUGUUAUCAAGGAAAUCAGAAAGUACAAAGAUGGAACUGCCGAAACCAAAAAAAAAAAAAAAAAAUUAUACAAUGAAUAGAAAUCAUAUCACCAAAAAUUAAUGUGAUUAAGGUGAACAAGCGAGAUGUUUCUUUUUCUUUAAAUUUAGUACUUAUUUGUUUUUCUUUUCCUUUUUUUUUGUUUUUAAUUUUUUUUUUCUUUAAAAAUAAUGAAUAAAACAAGAAUAUGCUAUGGUACAGUAAUUUAUUGCGUACAGUUCCAUUUUCACUUUACUUCCUUAUCAUGUAAAUAUUUGUCAACUUAGAAUCGUUCACCGUUAACCUUUUACAUUUUUCAUUUCAUUUUAUUCCAUUUUUUCAUGUAUAUAAAAAUUCUAUAUAAUUUCGAAUUAUAUAUUGAACACAAAAUGUAAUUUUUUCAACGUGUUAAGUGUACAUAUUUACGGAAAUACUUUAAGUAAAAUAUUUUAUAUCUACUGCCAGUAGUCAUUCAGACAAUACGUGCAAAUAUAAGAUAAAAAAUCAA